GUUUUGAAGCUCAUUCGAAAAAACAGAACAUGAAGUGCGUGUCUAUAAUUUUGAUCAUUUCCCUGGGUCUGCUAGCUUUGGCUAAGGCUAAUUCUUUGAAGUGCCCACGAGCUUGUACAAGGGAUUAUAGACCGCUUUGCGCCACUUGGCAAAGGGGUAUUAUACGUCCCAUAAAAAGUGUUUGCACUUUCUCGAACAAAUGCGUUUUGGACAAUCAAAUAUGCAGAACAAAUCAAAAUUGGGUUGUGACCGAUGAUAAGCGCAAGUGCAAGCGUAACUCUCCAGACUGCAGUGAUCUUUUAAAGGAGUGACCAUUUAAAUCUUUUUACGGCCUUUUUGCCUAUAAUAAACCUUAUUUUCCCGCUCAUA